UUCAUUCUGACUUAUCUAAAGUCCAAGUCAUGACUAGUCACUGUGACUCUACGAUAUUCUUUCUAAAAGAUAGUGACGCUGUCUGCUGCAAAUGUGUCUUACAGUGAUAGGGUGGUUUAAUGCUACCAGUGUGCUUCAGCCUCGUGUAGCCUUUUUUCCCCUCCACCAUGCAUCACGACGCACCUGCGGCUCUUCAAAAAUCGAUGAUGGCGGUGAAUUUUUAUGAUUGCCCUGGGCAAUGGAGCUCUCUCCAGGUCGGACAGCAAAUAUAACAGGCAGUUUGUCCUGCCAUCGAGCCGUCUUCUGAAGCAUUUCUUGCCCAGGAACCCUCGCUCAACCACGACAAAUUGUCCAUCUUGCAACGGUCGCUGAAAGCUUUCAGACUGGUCACAGAGUCUCUUCCCCGCUAUUCGGAUGCAAUCAAGCAUUGUAGAAGUCCGGUGCGCAGCACCGGAUGGAGUGCAACUACUGCUCCAAGCGGCCAUAUCAACCGAGCUGGCGGUGAACAUCCUGACCCCACAUGGACUUUCCCGCCUGCCUGCGGCAUUUCCAAUCCAGCAGCGCUCCGACGAGAUAGCCGUGCAAUCACCUACAGGCAGGCCAUUCGUGGUCCGUGACUCGAUCCGCCUGCACUUCUGGCUAGAUCGCACCGCAGCCAGCAACGAGAGAGACUUUUACAUUCCCGUCGAUGAAGCUGCAGGGAUUAUAGACCGGGAGUAUCCCACCAAGGUGCAUAUCAUUAUCGGAAGCGACUGUGAUCUGAAUUUACAGGCGUGGGACACUCGGAACCCAUCGAUGUGGCCGAUAGCAUUGGCUCCUCAGACCCAAGCCGCAAAAAUCACCCAGGAGAAGAUCCAGGAAGCGAUCAAGAAGAAUGCGGAGGAGGAGGAGAGGAAAAAGCGAGCAAGUCAGAAGAAGUCUACUGGACCGAAGCCCGCGGCUGCGCAGCCUGCGGCAUCUGCGUAGAGUUGAUCCGGACAGGGGGGGGGGAAGAAAGGAGCCAACCCUCACAAGGUGCGGUGCAGUGCAGUGACAGCAUUCGUUCCAUUACUCCUCUGGGUAGCCCGUGGGAGGAGCGUCACAAUCGUCCUGUUUUGAUUAUCUCCCUGUCUUUAGUUCGUUUUGCUUUUUGCUAUUGGUUUUCCCUUCUCUUUUCAUUCUCAGCCUGUUUGUUUGAUCUUCGCAGUACUGUAUGUCUUUGGGGAAAUCUUGACCAAUUUAAUCUCGGCUCCUGCAC